AUGGCGACGGAUCGGCCGUCGAAUCUGCCGAUGGAGGGAGAAGUUUUGAGGGAGGAAGAUCUUCUAGACCCGACCGAGAAGCUUUGGGUCGGGCAAGGUGAUCCGAAGAGUAUGACACCUGAUGGUGCGGUCGUCAAAACGAUUAUUACUCCCGGAACUGGGUGGGAAAAACCGUUUCCGCCAUGUGAAGUUGCAGUCAGAAUACAGGGAAAGGUUUCUGGUGAAAUUUUGUUCGAGGAGCAGUGCCGUCGGUACAUGCUCGGAGAAGAACAACUAUGUCGAGGAAUGGAGAUUGCGAUCAGAGACAUGCGCAAGGGAGAAGUAGCAAAAGUUUCAGUGAAGGGCCAUUACCUGCGGGGUCAGGCAGAAUUGUUGGGGACAAGUGUGGAGGAGGAGCCUGGCGUUGAGUUUGAAGUGGAGCUAUUAAGCUGGAUAGUGAUUAACGAUGUGUUCAAGGAAGGAGGAAUCAUGAUUAAGCCCAUCCAAACUAGUCUGCCCACAGACAAGCCUACAGAUUUGGACAUGGUCUACCUGCGAUACAGAGGACGCGAAGCGAAGUCUGACAGCUUCUUUGAAUCCGAAGGGUUCGGGGAAGGAGAGGGCCCUGUGCGUGUGCAGGUGAAGCGGAUCAGACCCAGAGGGCUGCAGGUGGCAGUGAGGGAGAUGUGGAAGGGCUGCACGUUCUGGGUGACUUUGAGCCAUGAGUAUGCCUUCGGCCCACACGGGGACUCCAAGCGCAAAGUGAAAGGGGAGGCCAAAGUGGAGUACGAGGUUGAGAUAGUGGAUGUGCGUCCUAUUGUGGAUCUGACUAACGACGAGGGCGUCCUCGUUGAGUACCUGUCAAAACCUGGCCUCGAGGUUCGCAAACCGACCGAAGGUUGCGUCUGCUCGGCAACGUACUCAACAGCAGUAGAAGGUGAUGGGCCACGAGCAGCAAGGGAGUUCGAGUCUUUCACCAGCCGUGAGAUUGAGAUCGGAAAGUUCGACCUCGACAUCACUGAUGGCCUCGAGCGCGCACUGCAGCACAUGGUGAAGGGACAAAGUGCACUGGUGCAUGUCACUCCAGCAUACGCAUAUGGAGAGGAAGGUCGAGGUGGUGAUGUGCCCCCCAACAAGGCGAUCGAGUACCGUGUUCACCUGCUGGAUUGGAAGGAGGCAGAAACGAAAAGUAUGACAGCUGAAGAGAAAGUUAUGUUUGCAAACAAAAUCAAGGAUGCAGGAAAUUCUUUUUUUAAUAUCGGGAAGUUCCAGCGGUCGUACCAGAGAUAUUCAGCUGCAUAUCAGAUCUUGGAAGUGCCGGACAGCUCGGAGAGCCCUGAGACCCGUCAAGAGGGAGAGGCAAUCAAGAUUUCUUGCCUGCUUAACAUGGCUGCCUGCGAGAUAAAGCGCAACAAUUGGAAGGAAGCGAUCGCCAAGUGCAAUGCCGUACUCAAGGUCAAGAGCUCACAUCCUAAGGCGCUCUUCCGUCGGGCAAGCGCUUACAUCGAGGUCGAGCGCUUUGUUGAAGCAGAGCAGGAUCUUGAGGCCCUGAAGAGCAUGGGGAACGAAGACAAGGCAGUGCAGGCCUUGUCAAAGAAGCUCAAGAGCUUGAUGCGUGAACACGACAAGGGCUGCGUGUUCAAAGACAUCUUCCAUUGA